UGGGUGGUCAAAAUCAGACUGAAGUCAUUGAUUUGAGUGCAAUAUCAACUCAAAAUCCGACCGGAAGUGGUAAUGGAGGAAAGAAAGGAGGGAAGAAAGGAGGAAAGAAACGGAAAUUUUGUUCAAAUGGAGAAUACCCAGAGUGUCCAAAUGCCUGUAAGGAUGGCAGUAACGCGAAUUUAUCCAAGAACCCUCCUUGUAAAGAUGGAAAAAGACCUAAUUUUGCCAAGUGUAUUUGCUCAGACGGAAGCAAAAUUAAGACCGGCAGAAAAUCCGGAAGGAAAGCGAAAGGACGAAAAUGAAAAACAAAAAAUGAAGGGAAUCUGAUCGGAAAACAUAAUUUGGAAGAAUAAAUUUGAUGAGCAGUUAAAAUAAAUCUAAUAAAAUUAUCAAAUUAA